AUGAGUAUCCCUCUGAUGACCCUCAUCCUGGUGGGGAUCCUGGUGCUGGCGUAUGCCGGGAGGCGGCGACUGCCGGUGAUCAGCCGCAUGGUUGGGCGACUGAUGCGUCUGGCUGGGCGGACACCAGGCCGGGGCCAGCCAUCACUCCCGGGCCCAGGGCAUGAUGCUGACCUUGCGGACAAAUCCGCGCCAAAUCUACCGGUAGUCCCCCAGCCGGCGGAUGCGCACUACACCUUUGAACGCCAGGGGCUCCGGCUGGGGCUGGCCAUUUCGCCGGCCGACCCGGUGGCCGGACUGCUGCGCCGGCGCCUCGGGGGUCGAACAGCGCGUCGAGCCCUGGGGGCCUGGUUUUCCAUCGGCGCGGCGGUCGGCCUGGUGCUCCUGCUUGUAUUGCCCUUUGUGCUGGUGGGCUUGACUUCGCUGCAGGUGGCCGGGUCUGUGCAUCUGGUCCGGGGCACCUGGGGCGGCUCCCAGCCGGUGGGGGGCUCGGAGCCGGCGAUGUCCAUGGCAGCGGCCACAUCUCGGCAGCAUGGCCGAUCGAUGCACCGGCGCGCGGUGGCCGACCUUUCGCCCCCGGCUCCUCCGCCGGCCACCGCAUCGGCCGUGCCAGCCCCCGGAAGCGGGGUGAUGAUGCUCAUUCCGGGCUACAAUGUUCCCCUGCCGAGUAUGCUUAUCCUGGCCCUGGUGCUGCUCCUGUCGGUGGUGGUCCACGAGCUGGGCCAUGCGCUGGCGGCCGUGGCGUCGGCCAUGACCGUGCAGCGGAUCCACUUCCAGCUCACCCCCUUUCCCGGGGGGUGUGUCAUCAUCGAUGAGACCGAGUAUGAACGGGGCACUUUUUGGCAGCGGAUCAUGGUCAGCACGGCCGGCGUGUGGCACAAUCUGGUGGCCUGCCUGGCAUUGGCCAUCGUGCUGCCGUUGCUGGUGACGGCCGUUGGGGUUGCUGCGCCGGCGGGCCAGUCCGGCCUCGCGAUAUGGCGCACUGGUGCCGGGGUCGCCGUCGCCGAUGUCUCUUCGACCUCUCCCCUGCGGCCGUACUUGCCGCUCGGUGCACGUAUCCGCCGGCUGGACGGGUGUCCGGUACUCGACCACGAGUCAUGGGUGUCCUGCAUCGAUUAUCUGAAUGCAGGUGCCCCCCCGAUGGCCUCGGCCCAGGUGGGGCCCGAUUCCCCGAUCCCCCAGCGCUUUGAUGGCUAUUGCGUGUCGCACAAAACCAUCGUCGAGUAUGCCACCCGACCGGAGUAUGACUGCUGCGAUCGAUCCGCCACCCGGCCUGGGGCCAAUGGCUUUUGCCUGGUCGACCGGUCCCCAGCACGCCCAGGUGAAGACCCCCUGCGCCCGCGCACCUCCAUCUGCUUGCCGGUGUACGGGGGGAUCUCCGAGGCCACACCUUGCGGGCCGGCGUCCGCGUGCCAGCCAGGCCACAUGUGCCUGUCUCCGGACACGGCCCCAGGCACACGCCUAGUCCAAGUCAAGUUGGACUACGGCUCGGCAGAUGGCCCGACAAUGGCCGAGUCCUCGGGCGUCCCUUUGCCGCCCAUCUUUUUCUACGGCUCCCCGCUGUCUCUGUGGCGGGAAAUCACCGUGUCCGGGUACAUUCCGCGCUGGCCGCGGCCGGAUGCGCCGGACAUCUUCCUCUGGCAGCCGGGGCCCGCCGGCCAGGCAUCCGGCAGCCCUCCCCCGGCAGCGCCCUUGUCAGCCGGCCGGCCGAUCCGAGCGCUGGCACGCUGGGGACUUGGCCUGGCUCGGAGGGCUCUCCUAUGGGCCCUUUUGCUGAUGCCGGUGGCCGCACGGUAUUUCGUCAUGUACACCCUGAGCGUGAACGUGGCACUGGCCUUUUUCAAUUCGCCAGCAUGCUACCACUUUGACGGGCUGCGCACGGCCGAGUCACUGAUCGAGUGGGUGGUCAUCGCGCGCAGCCGCGCGGCCGAUCUCCCCCCAGAUGCUGGACGUCUGUCGAGUGAGGACCCGGAACGCGCCGAGCCCGGCGGCAUCGCACCCCGUCGGCCGGAUGCCUCGCUCGCUGUGGGGCCGGCAGCACGCCGGCACGCCCGCAUUCUUCGCCAGUGGGUGGUUCUCGGCAACACCGGCCUCCUGCUGGCCUUCCUCCUUUCGCUGGUGGUGCAUACCUCGCUCACCGUGGCCCUGGUCGGUCCGCAAGUUUGA